CAGCCGCGAGGAACACGAGGCGCUGAAGGCCUCCACCCCGGGAACCAAACCAACCGAACCGAGUCGGACUGCUUUCACGCACGUUGUGAUCGGCUCGAUUAGUCACCAUACCACUUCCUCGUGAUCCACUGCCCCCGCAUCCGCCUCGCCCCAAACUCUAGUUAAAAACGCCCCGCCUCCCUCUCCGCCUCUGCUCUCCGCCUCUGCUCUCUCUCUCUCGAGACAAUCGCGCGCGCAGCUCCAUCGCCGCCAUCUCGGCAUCCCCUGUUCCUAGCUUCGUCCAGAGCUCGAUCUCCGGCCAUGGCCGCGGACUCUCCCUUCGACUGCCUUCUCAUAGACCUCGACGACACGCUGUACCCGGGCAACACCGGCAUCGGGCUGCCCCUGAAGCGCAACAUCGACGAGUUCCUCGUCGCCAAGCUCGGCGUCACCGCCGAGAGGGCGGCCGCGAUGCGCGUCGAGCUCUUCCGCACGCAUGGCAGCACCCUCGCGGGCCUCAUCGCGCUCGGCUAUGACGUGCACCCGGACGAGUACCACAGCUACGUACACGGCAAGCUGCCGUACGACCGGAUCACUGCCGACCCGCAGCUAGCGCGGCUGCUGCAGAGCAUCCCGCAGCGCAAAGUGCUGUUCACGAACUCGGAUCGCGCGCACAUGAAGCGAGCGCUGGAGCGGCUGGGUGUCGACGAGUCCUGCUUCGACGCCGUCGUGUGCUUCGAGACCAUGAACCCGCACCUCUUUGGCGAGGCAACGGAGCAGGGCGCCGACGGUGACCAUCCGGUCGUGAUCUUGAAGCCGUCGGUCGACGCCAUCGUGGCGGGCCUCCGCAUCGCCGGCUCCAACCCACGUCGGACGCUCUUCCUAGACGACAGCGAGAGGAACAUCGCCGCGGGGAAAGCUCUCGGCCUCCGCACCGCCCUGGUUGGCAAGAGGGUGAGGAGCAAGGAAGCCGACUACGCCCUGGAGAGCAUCGGCAGCCUCCGGCGAGCCAUCCCGGAGAUAUGGGGCGUCGCCGGCGGCGAGAGUGAACACACAGACCCUGGCAUCGACAACAAGAUUAUGAGGUCCGACCUGGAGUCCAUCAUCCAGCCAACGUCAAUCCAGGCCUAGCUGAUUGGGCUCCUGACCCUGCACAUCUUCUAUAAUCAAAUGACGCCGCUAAUAAAGCUCUCUCUAUCUCUCGUAACUAAUUAUCAUGUAAAUUGUUCUCGAUUCCUGACGUGUCUCUGUGUGUUAGUGUGAAUACAUGUGUACUUAGCUGACAGGCAUGUACAUACAUUUCUGAUCAGCACUGGUUGUCAAUGUAAAACAAGUGCAGGACGAGUCAUGUUACGUAAUACCAAUAUGUGAUCAUUGCGUGUU